AUGACACCAAUCAGCAAGAAGAAAGGACAAGCUGCCUCAGAACGAGCAUCGCCACGACCAUCACGACGCGAGACUAGAACGAUUUCCGACAGUUCAGAGCACACAACCUCCUCCAGUGGAUUCACAAACACAACGUGCAACUCGCAAACGCCGUGCUUCCCUUAUCGAACCACAACCGCGCAACCCGCAAUCCACGACGCCGAAGCCACUCUGUCUCUGCGCCAAUGCAUCGAUCGCUACUCAAAAGCAAUCACGUGGUCCGUCCUGUUCUCCCUGACCCUUGUCAUGGAAGGCUACUCCACCAUCCUCGUCCCAAAUCUCUACUCGCUCGAUCCCUUCCUGCGGCAGUUUGGCACUCAGCAACGCAACGGCUCCUACGAGAUCGGCGCUGCAUGGCAAAGCGCUCUGGUCAACGGCGCUCUGGCGGGUCAGAUUGUCGGGCUGCUCCUCGCUGGGUGGUUGGCGGAGCGGAUUGGGUAUCGCAGAACGCUCAUGGUGGGGUUGAUGGCCAUGGUGGGGUUUGUUUCGAUUACCUUUUUUGCGACUAGUAAGCUCGUGCUGCUGGUGGGACAGUGUCUGCUUGGUGCGCCGUGGGGCGUAUUUCAGACUAUCAGCACGACUUAUGCUGUUGAUAUCUUGCCUGUUAGGUUGAGGGGGUAUUUGACUACAUACGUCAACGCGUGUUGGGUGCUAGGCCAAUUGAUUGCAUCUGUUGUGCUCCGAUCGAUGCUGUCAAUCGACUCGCAAUGGGCAUACAGAAUCCCGUUCGGACUGCAGUGGGCUUUUCCAGUGCCCAUCUUCAUAGUCGUGGCGCUAGCUCCUGAGAGUCCCUGGUGGUUAGUCCGGCAGAGCCGGUUUGAGGAAGCUCACCACUCGCUCUGCCGCUUGCGAAAGCAGGCGGAGAACGAAUCAGACAGCGACUUCAACGCUGGUCUGGAAGAGACAUUGAAGCAGGUCGUACUCACCAACAACAAGGAGAAGGAGGCUCAGAGUGGGACGCGAUACCUCGACUGCUUCAAGGGUGUCGACAGGCGAAGGACUGAGAUUGCAUGCAUGGUGUGGACCAUCCAGACGCUAUGCGGCAGCACGUUCAUGGGCUUCUCGACCUACUUCUACGAACAGGCAGGUCUCAGCGCCAAACACGCCUUCACAAUGUCGCUCGCCCAAUUCGCACUCGGUCUCUUCGGCGUCGUCGCAUCCUGGUUCCUCCUCUCCUACCUCGGACGCCGCACAAUCUACCUCUCAGGCCAAGUCCUAACUCUCCUCUGCGUCCUGCUCAUCGGCAUACUAGCCUGCAUCCCUUACCCGCACACAUCCUCGACACGCAGCGCCACAACCACAUCCCGCAGCCCCAGCCCCGGCAGCGCAAUCCCCUGGGCCAUUGCCGCGCUGCUCCUCGUCUUCACCGCCGUUUACGACGCCACCAUCGGCCCGGUGUGCUACACGCUCGUCUCCGAAGUGCCGUCGACGCGGCUGCGCUCCAAAACCAUCGUGCUAGCCCGCAACGCCUACAAUAUCUCGGGCAUCGCGACCAACCUCGUCACGCCGCGCAUGCUGAACCCGACGGCCUGGGCCUGGGGCGCGAAAGCGGGGUUCUUCUGGGCGGCCACGGCGAGCGUCGGGCUGGCGUGGAGUUGGUGUAGGUUGCCUGAGACCAAGGACCGGACGUUUGCGCAGAUCGAUGUGCUGUUCCGCGACGAGACGGGGGCGAGGAAGUUCAAGAGGACGAGGGUUGAAGACGAUGUGCCGCGGAGGGACGCGAGCGGAAGCAGUAAGGGGAGCGAGACGUAG